AUGCGGCCGCCCGCGCCCGGGCAAGGCCACAAGGAGCCCACRAGGGACGAGGCAAGGCCAGGGCUGGGCACUAGCCCUGAAAGCCGUGGGUGGUACUGGGGCAACAUGAGCGUUGCCGAAGCCAAAGAGAGGCUGCAGGAUGCGCCCGAAGGGACUUUCUUGGUCAGAAAUAGCUCGCACUCGGAGUAUCUGCUGACUAUUUCGGUGAAAACCUCCGCAGGACCCACCAACCUCCGCAUAGAGUAUCAGGACGGCAAGUUCAGGCUGGACUCGAUCACUUGUGUCAGAUCUCGGCUCAAGCAGUUCAACAGCGUCGUGCACCUGAUCGAGUACUACGUGCUCAUGUGCAAGGAGAGAACCGAGACGCCCUCGAACGGCACCGUCCAUCUGUACUUGAACAAACCCCUCUACACGUCGGCCCCGUCGCUGCAGCAUCGCUGCAGAGUCACUAUCAACAAAUGCACGAACCAGAUCUGGGAGCUGCCGCUGCCGACGCGGCUAAAGGAGUACUUGAGGGAGUACCAGUACCAGGUGUAGCCGUCCUGCCUACCUGCCUCUAGCCUACAGUAGCUUCUGGAUGCAAUUCCUAAAAUCAGCCCGAGGACGGAGUAGCCAGUUGUACAACUCGGUGUGGAAUCCAUUGUCCAGACAGUGGUGGUUCUGGGGGAWAGGCUUUUAUUUCAGAUGCCACCAAGGAAGAGGACUCUGUGCAGCGCGAUCCCGGCUUGCGUCUCCAGCGCUCGCAGGGCGACUGGCGUCUGCCCGGA